AUGCUGGCGUGGCAGGACGGCGGAGCCCAGGCGGCGCCCUCCCACCACAAGAUCUCCUUCUCCGUGCUGGACAUCCUGGAUCCGCGGAAAUUCACGCGCGCCGCGCUGCCGGCGGCGCGCCCGGCUCCUCCCCAGGAUACCGGCGAAAGUUUGGCCGCGGCCGAAGCUGCGAUGGACGCCAGCCCCGCGGACCCGCUCCGAAAGCACGAGACCCCCGACGCCGCGGGCCGAGGCGCGGGCCCCGCGUCCCCGCUGGAGGGCUCUGAGGCCGAAGACCUGGAGGACGCGGACGAGUCCGGGCCGGCGCGGCGAGCGGAGCGGGCGGAGCGCGUGCAGCCGGGCCCCGCGGGCUCCCCCGAGGCGCGGGCGGCGGCGGCGGAGCGCGGCGCGGGCGGCCUCCCCGCCUCCCCGGGCUCCCCGGGCUCCCCCGGCUCCCCGCGACCCCGGCGCCGGCGCGCCGAGCCCAGCGGGGCCAAGCCGCGGCGCGCGCGCACCGCCUUCACCUACGAGCAGCUGGUGGCCCUGGAGAACAAAUUCCGGGCCACGCGCUACCUGUCGGUGUGCGAGCGCCUGAACCUGGCGCUGUCGCUCAGCCUCACCGAGACGCAAGUCAAGAUCUGGUUCCAGAACCGCAGGACCAAGUGGAAGAAGCAGAACCCGGGCGCCGACGGCGCGGCGCAGGCCGGGGGCGGCGCGCCCCAGCCCGGGACGCCCGCGGGCGCGGCGGGGACGUGCGGCGGCGGCGGCGGCGGCGCGGGGAGCAGCCCCGGCCCGCCCGGCCCCGCAGCGCUCCCCUUCCAGACGUUUGCCCCCUACUCCGCGGCCAACGUCCUCUUCCCCGCCGCCUCCUUCCCGCUGAGCGCCGCCGCCGGGCCCCCCUUUGCGCCCUUUCUCGGGGCCUCCUACUUGACCCCCUUCUACGCCCCACACCUAUGA